UGGCUGCUAUCUCAAGUGAUUAACUCUUUUGAUGACGUCAAGUUUGAAGCUGCCAGCGUUUUAGCUGAAUUAUAUGAACAACAGAAUCAAAUCUCUUUGUCGAAGCCCAUACUGCGUAAGGCCAUUGAGUUGUCACAACAUAAUGUUUAUUGGCAUUGUAGACUGAUUUUUCAGUUGGCACAAAUUCAUGCAACUGAAAAGGAUUAUACGCUGGCUAGCAGUUUAUUAGGAGUUGGAGUAGAUUAUGCAUAUAUAUCUAAUGCCUCUUAUACCCGAGUUUUGUUUUUAUUAAGUAAGGGAAUGCUCCUCUUAAUCGACAAAAAGUUGCAAGAAGUCCAACCUGUAUUGAAUCAAGCUGGACACGUAAUCGAAACGUGGACUGGUGCAGUUUAUCAGAAAGAAUAUCUAAAAGUGUAUUUUUUGGUUUUACAGGUGUGUCAUUAUCUUAUGGCAGGACAGGUGAAAAGUGUCAAACCUUGCUUGAAACAGCUUCAGCAGAGUAUUCAAACGAUUAUGGCCACGGAUGACGUUUUUAUGGGACCCAGUGCAGGUGAUAUGUUCUUGUGGAUGCCCAAAGAACAUCUCUAUGUUUUAGUAUAUUUGGUGACCGUAAUGCAUAGCAUGCAGGCUGGAUACAUGGAGAAAGCUCAGAAGUAUACAGAUAAAGCUUUGAUGCAAAUUGAAAAGUUGAAAAUUGUGGACAAUAAACCCAUACUCUCAGUAUUUCAGCUCAUGUUAUUGGAGCAUAUUAUUAUGUGUCGUUUGGUUAUGGGUAAUAAAACUCAAGCACUCCAAGAAAUAUCAUCAGCAUCAGCACUCUGUAAGCAAUGCCCACGUUUGUUGGAAACACAUGGUCCUCAGUUACAUACUUUACUUGGAUUAUAUGCGAUGAGUAUGAAUUGUAUGGAAGCUGCAGAAGCACAAUUUAUCGCUGCACUAUCUACAUCCCGUGAAAGAGAAUUGUGGACUUUUGCGAAUUUAAACCUUGCUAUUGUUUAUUUGAGAGGUAAACGAGAGGCAGAUUUCAAUGCACUUCAUGACAGGAUCAACCCAGAAAGCUUACCAUCACAUUCUCAUAGUUUGAGAGCCGCUGCUUACUAUGUCCAAGGUCUUCAAGCAUUUUUUCAGGGUAGAUACAAUGAAGCUAAGAGAUAUCUCAGAGAAACUUUAAAGAUGGCAAACGCUGAGGAUUUGAAUAGACUGACGUCUUGUUCUCUCGUUCUGCUUGGCCAUAUAUUUUUAUCACUGGGAAAUAGUAGAGAGAGUAUGAAUAUGGUUACACCUGCUAUGCAAUUAGCUAGCAAGAUACCUGAUGUGCAUGUGCAGUUAUGGGCAUCUGCCAUUCUGAAAGAUUUACACCGCAUUUGUGGGGAUUCCCAGAGAGAAAAUGAAGCAUAUCAAAGACAUGUCAAUUUUUCGCAGAUGUUACUUAGUGAUCAUUUUCAAGCAUCCCAAAUGUCCGAUCAUAACUUAAUUUUGUGGACCCAGGGCAACUUUCCGAUUAAUACUUCAAAUUCUCCGAAUACUUCCACAGAAUUAUUAUAGGAUUGGUUAUAUUGAAUAUUCUUCCAAAAAAU